AUGGCCCGUCGACUUGCAGAUAACAUAUUUCUCUUGACAACAAUUGCAGGUGCUUUUAUUGCUUGGCUAAUUGCAUUUAUUGGCGCUUGUAUCUUUAGAAAAGGUGUUUCAGGUGGUGCCUGGUGGAUUAUUGUAUACGAGCUCUUGUUGAUUGUGGGUAUCACUGCUGUAUUAGUGACCAAUACCUAUGCCCAUUAUCGACUGAUGAUUUUAACCUUCUUGGCAGCCAGUAUUGCCAUGCUGACCUUGCAGCUCGAUUAUGCUUUACCAACUUUCAAGUUUAGCUUUGGCUACAGAGGUGGUGCCGGUGCUUAUGCUGCUGGAUAUAUCAUUCUCAUCAUGAUUGAGUUUUUGUGGGUCAUUGUAUUUGGUAGUGAGCCUGAAAGUUACGUUGGGAGAUUCGCACCCGCACAUUAUGGCAAUUCUGUAGGCAUUGUUCAUCAUCAGCACACUCAACAUCAACCACAACCUUACGAGAUGACAGGUGACAAGACAGUCUUGACCGACUCAGCAGCAGCAGGCGGAGCACAUUUUGGUAGUGUAAGCAGUUAUCCAACCAAUACAACAAACAAUCAUGUAUCCUCUCCUCCCCUUGCACAUCCUGCCACAACGGCUUCUGCACAACAAGCAAACACUAGUUUGGAGGCUGCUCAGCCGACCAUGGAAUACAAAGAAAAGGUCCAAGCAUUACAUGCCUAUCAAGCAAACCCUGACGAUCCAAAUGAAUUGAGUUUUGCUAAAGGAGAGACCCUUGACAUCGUGGAUAGAAAUGGCAAUUGGUGGCAGGCCAGAAAAGCUGAUGGAUCCGUUGGCAUUAUUCCUAGCAACUAUUUUGGUUCAUCCGCCUAA